AUGUUUUUGGAGCGUCAGAAGGAAAACGCGGCAACGGAACACAAGGGGGGGGGGGUGAGAUGACUCGAGGGUGUGAAGAAGAACAAGGCCGCUUAAAGGAUGUUUCCGUGGCCCAAACGGUUCCGGUUUCUGAUGUUUUUUCUGACGCGGACUAAACGUAUUUGAUUAUGUUUGAUUAGGCAGGGUAAUCAAAACCUUUAUUGCCUUUAGGGGUUUUCAAUUUGGCUAUGAAAGAUGGGUUUUUGAUGGAUUUGAAAGGCAGGGAUUGUUGAUGACUUCAUUGUACAAUGAGGGAGUGGGGUAGGCGGUGAUAGUGGGGAGGGGACUGGCUUAGACUAAUUUUUAAUGUUUUAAAACUUAUUGAUGAUUGGUAGUACUAACAUAAUUCAGAAGUGUUUGUUCUAUUUAAAGGUUGUCAUCCGGAAAAUUCAAUUGAAUUUUUCAAGUUUUAGAAGGUUAUAUGUAAGUGUCAAAAGAGAGUGAUACGGAACACCAAAACAGAGCGCAUUUUUUUCCAAUAUGACCAAGCUGAGCUCUACUAAGCCUAAACUUAGUAAGCCUUAUUACUUUUAAGCUGCAAGUCUUAAACUCAGUUAGCCAAAGCCUCUAAACCUAAGAUUACCAAACUUUAGCUUAAGCCUAAUUCUAUGUCCAAACGUAAGCUUUGGCAUAUGUUUCUUGAGUUAGAGUCUGAGCUUGUGGUUAAGCCUGGUGUUAAAUCUGAACUUCAGCCGGAGCCAGAACCUGAGCCAGAGCCUGAGUCUGAGCCUGAGUUUGAGCCUAAGCCUGAGCCUGAGCCUGAGCUUGAGCUUAAGCCUAAGUUUAAGUCUAAGCUUAAGCCUGAGUUUGAGCCUUAG